AUGGAGAAUCCGCUGCCGCCGGGCGCGGCGACCCAAAAACUCGACGCCCAGCUGGUAGACGCUGCCGCAACCGCCAAUCCCGAAAAGAACAUCUGCCCGGUAGUCCCUGAAGGCUACGAACAUGUCCGUGACACCUCAAAGGGCUACGGAAACGGACCUGGGAUCAUCAGUCUGAGUGAGCAUCUCGAAGUCAUCUGCGGUCCCCUGCUGAACUACAAGGGCCUCUCAGAUGCAAACCAGGAGCGCCCUACCUGGCAUGGCACAGUGUUACUGGUCACAAACCCAGGCCAAAAACAGCCAGUCCUUAAAUUACGCUCCUUAGGCCGAACACACUGCUCUGCUUCUACUACUGGUGCUGCUGGUGCUGGUGCUGGUGCUGGUGCUGGUGCUGGAGUAGAUGCUGGUGCUGGAGUAGAUGCUGGUGCCAGCGCUCAACCGCACAUCAACGGCAAUGCAUCACAGGAUGGCAGCCAGGUAACCUCCAUUCAGGGCGUCAAGCUCUUGGAAGACCCUAUCAAGGCCUUCUGGCGAUUCUCCAUCGCCGUCCCAGUACAAUCUGAAGAGACCCGCUGGGAAUACUCCAUUCCGCGAUUCCACUACUUCAAUAGCAAAGAAGCCUUGCCCUCGUGGAAUUUCGUUGUCCCCGCAGCAAAUGACUCGAUACGCAUCGUGUUCCAUUCCUGUAAUGGCUUCUCCAUCGGAACAAAUAUGGAUUACUGGCAUGGCCCCACGUUGUGGAAUGAGGUUCUGCGCUUGCAUGACCGACGACCUUUCCAUUUUAUGAUUGGGGGUGGCGAUCAAAUCUAUAAUGAUAGCAUCAGGGUCGAUGGGCCGUUGAAAGCUUGGACGGAUAUUUCAAAUCCACGUAAGAGAAGGGCUCAUCCAUUCCCCAACAAAAUGAGGGAUGGAUGCGACCGCUAUUACUUCGAAAAUUAUUGCAAAUGGUAUGGGAUGGAGCCGUUUGCGACCGCAAACUCACAGAUUCCUCAAAUCAACGUCUGGGAUGAUCAUGAUAUCAUCGAUGGAUUCGGUUCGUAUACCGACCAUUUCAUGAAAUGCGCCGUCUUCCGUGGAAUUGGAGGCGUUGCGUUUAAAUACUACUUACUGUUCCAGCACCAUGUAGCUCCGCCCAAGUCUACGUAUACUACUGAUUCCCCUGAAACUAUGACUGCAGUCGACGGUACCUCUGGCGCUGAUCCUAGGCAGCUGGAGCACACCUACGUCUAUAAAGAACCCGUGGAGGAUCCGAGCUUCAUUACGGGCGGACGACCAGGACCGUAUGUGGAAGAGCGGAGCAGGAAUCUAUACAUGCGUCUGGGACGGCGCAUGGCAUUUGUUGGGAUUGAUGCCCGCACGGAGCGUACCCGUCAUCAAGUCAACUACCCAGAAACCUACAACCAGAUCUUCUCCCAACUUGAGCACGAGCUAUCCGAAUCCAACGGCAAAAUCAAGCAUCUAAUCCUCCUUCUAGGCGUUCCGAUCGCCUACCCCCGCCUGGCCUGGUUGGAAAACAUAAUCAGCUCACCCUUAAUGGCACCAAUCCGCCUCCUCAACAAACGCUUCGGCGUUGGCGGCAACUUCUUCAACAAAUUCGACGGCCAAGUCGACCUCCUCGACGACCUGGACGACCACUACACAGCGCGCCAACAUAAACGCGAGCGCCGCGAAAUGAUCCAGCGCCUCCAACAUAUAUCCCGCAAGUUCUCCGUCCGCGUCACCAUACUAGGCGGAGACGUUCAUCUUGCUGCCCUGGGCCGCUUCUACUCCAACCCACACUUUAACAUCCCCAUCGAACACGAUUUCCGCUUCAUGCCCAACAUCAUUAGCAGCGCCAUAACCAACAAACCGCCCCCCAAGGCCGUUGCCAACCUGCUCGCGCGCCGCAACAAAAUCCACCACAUGGACCGCGACACGGACGAAACGCUCAUGAAGCUUUUCAAUCUUCCACCUGGCGGCAAGGAGAAGUGCGCCGCGUCGAAUAAGGUGACGAUGCCCUCGCGCAACUUUGCGUGUAUCACGGAGGUGGCGCUUGUUGGCGCAGUGAAUGGAACUGCGGAUGUGGCCGAGACGGCACCGUUGGCGACGGCGAAGGAUGGGCAUGCGCCGUUGCAUGCUGGGGAGGAGGAUGCCGGGACGACGCAUCGUGCAGCUGAUGGGGUUAGCAAUGUGAGUGGCAUGAUUGGGGGGCUUGAUGUUUCUAUACGGGUUGAGAUUGAUGCGGCGGAUCAGACGGGGAGGACGGAAGGGUAUGGGUUUAGCGUGCCACCAUUAUCUAUCCCAGAGAGCAAUCGAGUGAGUAAUCAAUCGUCUCGCUCACAUCGUUUCCAUUUCCCCCGUCAUCUCCACUCCUCUCAUAGCGUUUCCUCUACGCCCCAAGUUACCAUCAACGGCCCUGCCACUACUGCUCCUCUAGUGUCUACACUUUCUCAUGUUUCUGACCCCCCUGGCCCCCCUUCUACUGCUACAAGUGAGGCUGCAAAAGAUAAGCAGGACAUGUGA